AGGCAAUAAGGGGAAAUUAUGGACAGCUUUGGAGCUGAAUGAAUAACUCGCCACAAGAUCUGCUUCAGCUUGCUCCAACAAAUGGGCAGGCUGCUACAGAAGAAGGUGGGAAUCCUCCAUCCAAGGCAAAAUCAGACAUCACUUGGAUAGAGAAAGACCUUGUGGACUCGGCAGACAAGGGCGAAGGUGUCGUGAAAGAAAUCAACAUCACGCACCAUGUGAAGGAAGGCUCCGAGAAAGCUGAUCCUUCGCAGUUUGAGCUCCUGAAGGUGCUGGGACAGGGCUCUUUCGGCAAGGUUUUCUUGGUGAGAAAAAUAACACCGCCAGACAGCAACCACCUCUAUGCCAUGAAAGUGCUCAAGAAGGCGACAUUGAAAGUGCGUGAUCGAGUAAGGACAAAGAUAGAAAGGGACAUCCUGGCUGAUGUAAACCAUCCCUUUGUGGUGAAACUCCACUACGCAUUCCAGACGGAGGGGAAGCUGUAUCUCAUCUUGGAUUUCCUCAGAGGAGGUGACCUUUUCACUCGGCUUUCCAAAGAGGUCAUGUUCACUGAGGAGGACGUGAAGUUCUACCUAGCAGAGUUGGCUCUGGGGCUCGACCAUUUGCACAGCCUGGGAAUCAUAUACAGGGAUCUCAAACCAGAGAACAUCCUCUUGGAUGAAGAAGGGCACAUCAAACUCACAGAUUUUGGCUUGAGUAAGGAGGCUAUAGACCACGAAAAGAAAGCCUAUUCCUUCUGUGGGACAGUGGAGUAUAUGGCACCAGAAGUUGUGAAUCGCCAGGGCCACUCCCACAGCGCUGACUGGUGGUCCUACGGGGUGUUAAUGCCCUUCCAGGGGAAGGAUCGUAAGGAGACGAUGACCCUCAUCCUCAAAGCAAAGCUGGGCAUGCCGCAGUUCCUGAGCUCUGAAGCACAGAGCCUCCUGCGAGCCCUUUUCAAAAGGAAUCCAGCCAACCGAUUAGGUUCUGGACCAGAUGGGGCAGAGGAGAUCAAGCGCCAUCCUUUCUACUCUACCAUUGACUGGAAUAAGCUGUACCGCAGGGAAAUCAAACCACCCUUCAAGCCUGCCGUAGGCCAGCCAGAUGACACCUUUUAUUUUGACACAGAAUUUACAUCGCGUACACCAAAAGGUUUGUACGAAUUCACACAAAGCCAAAGUUUCCUGUCUGAAAUGAUACUGUACGGCUUCAUGCUGGUUUGCCUCCUGCUAGUGCUGCCAGCUCCAGAUGGUUGCAGCACCGAGGAGGUGAUUCUGGCAACCGGAUUGAUGGAGGAUGGCAAGGUGAAACCCACCCAGUCACCUCUACAUUCGGUUGUACAGCAGCUGCACGGCAAGAAUGUCCAGUUCACCGACGGCUACGUGGUGAAGGAGGCGAUCGGCGUCGGCUCCUACUCAGUCUGUAAACGCUGCGUUCAUAAAGCAACCAACAUGGAAUACGCAGUCAAGGUUAUUGACAAGAGCAAGCGAGACCCUUCCGAGGAAAUAGAAAUCCUCCUGCGAUAUGGGCAGCAUCCAAACAUCAUUACUUUGAAAGAUGUGUAUGAUGAUGGCAAGUACGUGUACCUGGUGACCGAGCUGAUGAGGGGAGGGGAGCUGCUGGAUAAAAUCCUCAGACAGAAAUUUUUCUCGGAGAGAGAAGCCAGUUCGGUCCUGCACACGAUCUGUAAAACGGUGGAGUAUCUGCAUUCCCAAGGGGUGGUUCACAGGGACUUGAAACCCAGCAAUAUCCUCUACGUGGAUGAGUCAGGAAACCCCGAAAGCAUUCGCAUUUGUGACUUUGGCUUUGCCAAGCAGCUGAGGGCUGAGAACGGCCUUCUCAUGACUCCCUGCUAUACGGCAAACUUUGUGGCACCCGAGGUACUGAAACGCCAAGGCUACGAUGAGGGCUGCGACAUCUGGAGCCUGGGAGUUCUCCUGUACACCAUGCUCGCAGGCUGCACUCCGUUUGCAAAUGGUCCCAGCGACACUCCAGAAGAAAUCCUGAUCCGGAUAGGUGGGGGGAAGUUCUCCAUCAGUGGAGGCAAUUGGGACACUAUUUCUGACAUGGCCAAGGAUCUGGUAUCAAAGAUGCUUCACGUAGAUCCUCACCAGCGCCUAACAGCCAAGCAGGUCCUGCAGCAUCCAUGGAUAACCCAGAAGGACAGCUUACCCCAGAGCCAGCUGAAUCACCAGGACGUUCAGCUUGUGAAGGGGGCGAUGGCUGCCACGUACUCUGCACUGAACAGCUCCAAGCCAAGCCCCCAGCUGAAGCCCAUCGAAUUCUCCAUUCUGGCACAGAGGCGGGUGAAGAAACUUCCUUCCACCACGCUGUGAAGCGGGGGCGGUCUGCAGCCGCACGGCACCGUGCGGUCACACCAGAUUUUGCCCACCUACUGGAGGCGGGGGCAGGAGAUCGGGCGGUCAAUGCCUGCACAGGAGCUCCCUUGAGGACUUCUUCUCAAAAGGCUGAGUGCCUUUCUGUUUCUGAAAGACUGGCUCCUCCUUGUGUGGACUGAUCUUUGCUGAGAGAACUUCACUGUAAAACUUUUUUGAAGUGUAAAUUGUCAGUUUUUAAAGUCAUCCAUCUGUGUAUAUGAGAACUAGAAUGUAUAACUCAUGUCAAGUGGCACUAAAAAGCAGCUCUGGUUCACCCUUUCCUGUGUAGGGCCAGAUAUUUGUUGUAGCUACAUCGUUUCUUAGAAUCGAUCCUCUCCGACGCCGCUGCAGCUGGAAGACUGUGUGAUGUUUGGGGGUUAGGCUUUGGGGUUUUUCCUCCCUCGAACCUUUGGAUGCCCUUCCCAAAGUCAACCCCGCAGACUCCCAGCCAGCAGCACUCGUGUUUGUAAAGGACCUCCCUCCCCUUCACUUUCUGUGCGUGUGUGUUCAGAGUGUAAGGUCAAUUUGUCAGACCCCGUUUCUUCCUCUCUCCUGCCCUCUUCCAGCCCAGGCAGCAGUUCUCUGAACAAAAUAAACCACGGGUUUUCCAAACACCCCCUUAGACACUCAGCUGUCCCGAAUACCUGCUAGGUUUGGCUCUUGCCUUCCCUCUGCCCUCCCACCUUUGUGGUCUCCCCGUCGCUCCCUGGGGACCCUGACACCCGUGCAGGAGAAGACAACAAUGGAACCUUCUCCUCGGCCAAGCUGAGGCUUUGGGCUGGCUCUGGCUGCUGCUUUCAACAUUUUUGGUUUUCCUUUCCUUCUGCAGGAACCUACAAAACAAACCAUCCUUUUUUUUAAUUUAACUUUGUCCUACAGCUGGUAACUCAGGGUUUCUUUCUGACUUGUACAAUAAAUGCGUCAUUCGGUUGAUGUUUUUUUACUGACUGACUUUUAGCUGCAGAAUAAGCGACCCUGGUCAUUUCUCCAUGUUGGACGGGGAUGAUGCUUCUUGUCUGCCUUUUGGGAGAUCUGCAAAGCUUUUUCAUCUGGCCCCGUGAUGGGAAAACCAGCAGUGCUGUAGUAGGGCUGCAUGUUACGGCACCUUCUCUCAGGGCAAUACCUCACCUUGCAGUGGGAAGUUAAUCAGAACCAGUAACGGAGUAAGGCAGUGAUCAACAGGAACGGGGGCAGGCUGCAGAGGGCAACUUCUUUUCAGGGCAUUUUAGUGCUAACAGAAAUGAACACUCGGAGGCAAACUGUGCUAGAAAUAAAUUCCUGACCCAUUCUGACUUGCAGAGAAUUGCUGGAGCUCCCUGGUUCGGUGGUGGCUGUUUCUCGGGAGGAGCAGGAGAGCUACAGGGACUGCAAACGCUCACGUGCUCGAGGAUGCGACUGAAGCCAGCAAAGGUUCUCAUGUGAAUUUCUGCUACUUUUGGUUGAUCCUGUAAUGAGAGGAGAAACUUUCUUUUCUGCUUUUCCCUUUUGCUUAGUCCCAGUUGGCUCUAAGAUGGAGAAUUCCGUAAGAAAAUUGUCUCUGAGAUGUGCAGCGCUCUCCUCCUCUGCCCUCCUCCAGGCAGGUCCUGUUUUACUCCCUGGAGCAGCUGAAACAGUCAUGAUUUUUUCCUGUAUUUAUUCCAAGUACUGCCCUAGUGUCCGGUGCCGCUGAGAGGAGGCCAGUGCAGACUGGAUCUUCUCACUGGUUUUGCUACCGACCCCCAGCAGAACUGGAUUUAAUGUUUUGCUGAUGGCUGGGGAGGGGGAAACGCCACCACGCAAAACGCCUGCCUUAAAAAUACUUGCUUUCUCCUCUGGCCCGAUGUUUGCAUCGGUGCCCAUGAACCUGCCUUAGGUUUCCUACAGCUGUGCAGUAACUCUCAUGCCAGUGAAAAGGUGUGUGAAUUUUAGGUAACCGAAACAAAUACGAUAAUUUUAAACAACUGUUUUCUGGAGCUUGGGGUCAGCCCCUUUGGGCACUGUUGGGAUGGAAGCAGACGCUUUGACAGGUUUUCGGAAUAUUUCCUCUGUUGGAAAGGGUGGGGUCUGAAAUGGUGGAUGGGAUUGGACGUGUCAGUGGAGAUCAGCACUCACUGUAAACCUCUCAACAGUAUGGACGGGUCUUAAACCAAACCUUCACCCUGCUUGGAUGGUAGCCAGCUUGUUUAUAUGAAACUCUGAAUGUUUUCAAGUAUCGGUCAGGAAAAACAUGACACCCCGUGCUUAAUCCUCCCUGCAACAGUGCUGGUGUGAGGCCAAGCAGCGACAACUCAAAGAUGCGUAAGGCCAAGCAGGUACGGAGCUCUCUGGGCACAGGGAAAGCAGCCCACGGUUGCUGCGGACUCUGGCCAUGAGCCGAUACCCAGGGCAUCCAACCCCGAUACCCGGAGUGUCAAACCCCUCCGCCUCGCUGGGGUCUUCAAUCAGAGGAACAGUGCGUUCGGUGGCAGCUGUAGCUUCUUGGACCUGCAUCACUUUGGACAACAGAGUGAACCAGAAGGGCUACACCUUGCUUUCUGGGGUGCUUUUAACCAAGUUGUUUCGAGUGAUCCUUCCAUAAGUAAAAAAUAAGUCUUGAUUUUUAGUUCCAAAUCAACCACGUGCUGU